AUGCGCGCGGUUUUGAAAUCCGAUUCUAGCGCUCACCCAAUCAUGGGUCAGCAGCUCUUGGCCAUCGUGCCGUUGCUCGGCCUCUCGAUCGCCGGCGCGCUGCUGAUGUUCCGCAGAAGGCGCCGGGGAAUUCCCAAGGACUGGGGCGCCAUUUCCGAGAAGGUGGAGCUGCUGCCGCCCCCGCCGCCGCCGCCGCCGGCUGCGCCGCACCCGCUGACCGGCCUGACGUUCGUCAUUAAGGACAUAUUCGACGUGGAGGGCCACGUGGCAGGGUUUGGGAGUCCCGCGUGGAAGGCGAGCCACGCGCCCGCGGCUCAGACGGCGCCGUGCGUGAGAGAGCUGGUGGAGGCCGGCGCGCAGCUGGUGGGGAAGACGCACAUGGACGAGAUGGCGUACAGCAUAUUCGGCGAGAACAAGGCGUUGGGCACGCCAGUGAAUCCAGUGUGUCCGGACCACGUGCCUGGAGGCUCCUCCAGCGGCUCUGCUGUCGCCAUCUCGGCGGAUCUAGCUGACUUUGCCCUCGGCACGGACACAGCGGGCAGCAUCCGCAUCCCUGCAGCAUUCUGUGGCGUGCUGGGGUACCGGCCCUCCCAUGGCGCCAUCUCCGCUGCUGGAUGCGUCCCCAUGGCCCCCUCUCUUGACACCGUCGGUGUCUUUGCAGCGGAUCCAGCAGUGCUGCGUCACGUGGGGCACAUUCUGCUGCGCCAGCCCUUCACACCCGCCCGCCGCCCGCUCUCCCUCUACCUAGCGGACGACCUCUUUGACCUCUGCUCCAUUCCCCGCCGCCACGUCACUGAAGCCGUGCUGUCGGCAGGAGAGCAGCUCUUUGGCCCCAUAGUGAAGUACGUGCAAGUGGGGCAGGACCUGCUGCUGAAGAGGGUACCAGCGAUUCAACACUUCCUCAACCUCCUGCCGCCACCAGCAGCACCGCAGGGCAACAGCAGCAGCAGCACGGACAGCAGCAGCAAUGCGAAGAAAGCAGCAGAGGAGGGGAAGAGGGCGUUGCAAGCGCUGGCAGAAGCCAUGAAGCUGCUGCAAAGACACGAGUUCCGCACGGCGCACCAGGCGUGGGUGCAGCAGGUGCAGCCGAAGCUGCAGGCAGACGUGCAGGUGCGCGUGCAGGCAGCCAUGGAAGCGGAGCCGGAGGCACUCGCUGCCCAUGCUGCCCAGGCCCAACUGGUGCGGGAACAACUGCGAGCUGCCAUCGCAGACGUCUGCAAGAGCGACGGGCUGAUAGCGCUGCCAGUGACGCCAGACUUCCCCCCCAAGCUGCGCGCCAAGCCUCAAGUGCUGGACGCGUUCCGAGCCUCCGCCAUGCUGCUCGUGGCCCCCGGGUCCAUGUCCGGCUGCCCCCAGGUGACUGUGCCUAUAGGGCGUAUGGAGUGUUCUCCCUCGGGGCUGCCGCUGGCAGUGGGGCUGAUGGCGAGACAUGGAGCAGACCGGUUUCUCCUCGACUCUGUCACACACUUUGCCCCGGCCGUGCAAGACGCGUAUAAGGCGGUAUUGCCAAAGCUCAACAAGUCACAAGCCUCUGCAUCCUCAUCAGCAGCAGCGCAGCCUGUUCUUUCACAAGCUGAAAUCGCCAAAGAAAAGGGCAACAAGGCGUACAAGCAGAAGAAGUACCAGGAGGCAGUGGACCAUUACACAACGGCCAUCCGGCACGACAGCAAGAACGCCACCUACUACUCCAACCGCGCCAUGGCCUACCUCAACCUGCACAAUUUUGAGCAAGUGGAGGCGGACUGCACAGCUGCGUUGAGCCUCGACAAGAAGAAUGUGAAGGCCAUGCUGCGCAGAGGGACGGCCAGGGAGAUGCUUGGGUUCUAUCCAGAGGCAUUCGAAGACUUCAGUCAAGCAUUGAUCCUAGAGCCCACCAACAAGACUGCACUGGAGGCAGUCACUCGCAUGAAGGAGAGCGGCAUUGCUUGA